GUGAGGUGUGCAGUGUGUGAGUGAGUUAGUUAGUUAGUACCGGAGACAUUGUCACUGAGGAGGUGCAAGGCGGUGAUUGUGCUGUGUGUGUGUGACCAUAUAUCCCCCUCCCACCUCCACAAAAGCCCAGCAACCCAAAGCAACAUCUCUGCCGAGGAACCAUGGCUCGCAGAGUGACAGGAAUAGUGUAUCUUUGUCUCUGCAUCGCCCUGGGCUCAGCACAAUCAAGUACCACUGUGGCCACCACCACAGCAAGAAUCACUGAGACCUCCACCACAGCAGGUACCACUGCGACAACCUCCACCACAGCAAGUACCACUGCAACCUCCACCACAGCAAGUACCACUGCAACCUCCACCACCACAGCAGCAAAUAUCACUGAGACCACCACCACAGCAAGUACCAAUGAUACCACAAAUGCAAGGAGCAGCACGCAAACAUCCCAUGCAACCUCACCGCCCAGUACAACAGACAUAACCACAGCUUUGCCAACAGAUGAUACAACAACAACUGCAGUGGUGCCAGCAACAACACCAACAGCUGCAGUGGUGCCAGCAACAACAACAACAGCUGCAGCGGUGCCAACAUCCAACGCAACAGGAAACACAACGGUGGUGCCAACCACCACUGCAGCAGGAUCGUCCGAUCCAACAAGUGCAGCCAGUGCAACCAGAAGCACCCAGGUCACCCAAGCCAACACCACAGUGCCAACGCAGCCCACCCCUGCCAACCGGACGGAGAUCCCUGCGACAACACUGACCAUGAAUGACACGGGUUCGGUUCCGCCCUUUGUGGAUACAACAGCUGUAGCUCUGACUCCAAAGGGGCACCGUCUAGACACUGGGCUGGUGAUUCUCAUCGUCAUCCUGGUGUUGAUUUUAAUAGUGGGGGUGCUCAUCACUGCCGUGAAAUAUUCACAGCAGGGGAAACCGGAAUUUAAACGCCUGCAGGAAAUGCCCAUGAACAGCUUAAACGAAGAUGUUCCUUUCGCUCAGUAUCCACCCAAAUAGUCCCGAAACCCGCCUGGGCUGCCUGAGAAUGUUCCGGAAACGAUGCGAAUGCUUGAAUGGCUCUCCCUACCUCCCUGUGGUCUUGUUCUCUCUCCAGUUCUCUCCCCGACCUUGUACCUCCACUGCUCAGUCACCAGCUAGCCCUGUCUAUCUAAUGUGUGCAGCUCUGCUGAAGCUCACUGCUUGCUCCAGUUCUGCCCAUUCUCCCCUGGAAGACGUAACGCAUAGCUUCUAAUCUUGCCCGCCUUUGGCUCCCUGAGAUGGGCGGCACUGUGUGGAGUCGCUGCUGAUCAAUCCUGACCUCGUGGGGUUUGCUGUCUGUCUGCCUAUGUGGAGUUGGCACGUUCUCCCCCGUGCGUUUACCUCCGGGCGCUCCGGUUUCCUUCCACAUCCCAAAGGGCGCGCGGGUUUAAAGGGUAAUUGGUCCCCUCUGUAAAAUUGUCAUUGAAUGGUGGUGCUGGCUCGAAGGGGCCGAAUGGCCUACUCCUGCCCCCUAUAGGUCUUUUGUCCCCAGGUGUGUAAUGGGCGGGAAUCCAGCAGCAUCUAUGGAGCGA